CUUAGCUUCAACUAUGAUGAGUGUUCUGCAGAAUAAUGAAUAGAUUAGUCAAAAAUGGCGGUGAUGAUGAUAACCGGAAACUAUGAAGAGGGAUGGAAAAGAUUAAAGACAGGUUUGUGGAAGAGACUCUGCAAGUCAAAUGUUGACCGAUUGCGGUCACUCCACAUAUUACAGACCCUAGAAGUGGUUUAUGGACACAGGGUCAUGGUUGGCCAUGUUUUUAUUUUUCCCAAGUGUAGAGCGUGAGACUCCUCCCACACAUGCUCCGAAGUCUACUUCUUUUCAUACUCCCAUAUGGACGAUUGUUCAUCUUCAUCUGUGCACUAGAAUGAGUUCCAUAAACUGGACCAACCCAG